AUGCAGGUUUUUGAGUGGCUACCACUGUCUCUGAACACAAGCUCGCUCAGUGGCCUCUCAAUUGCCCCCUUUCCCAAGGGUCGUGUUCACGGUUCUGGAACCAAUCUCACUGGACUGCAAAGGAUUUCGGGUGCUGUUGCUCCGCUCAUAUCGCCAGACUGGUUCAUUACAGAGCAGAUCGUGUCGCCUGAAACCCUCCAUCACACUGACAAUGCUCGCCUUGUCGCCCUACAGCUCGGUAAUGCUUACGGGCUCCUCUUCAUGGUCGGCGUGGCUGUACUUUACACAACCUCUGAGCUGAAGGUAGUUCGAAGUUAUCUCUGGGCCCUAUGGAUUGCCGAUUUAGGGCACAUCGGCCUUACGGCCUAUCUGCUGGGUUACGAUAGGUUCAUGGCAGUGGCUGAGUGGAAUGCUAUGACAUGGGGUAACGUUGGUGCCACGGCGUUUCUAUGUUUAACAAGGACAGCUUACCUACUUGGAUUAUUCGGAGGGGUGAGCUCCCCUGCCUCGGGUCCAAAGAAGAUUCAGUGA